AUGUCAAUUGAAGAAGGCUUUCGAGCAAUUGAUCAAUAUAUUGCGAAAUAUGAUCAGAGAAAUCGAUAUGGAUAUUGCGUUCAACCUGUUAAAACGGAACAUUCUGCUGCAGGUGAUACCGUCGAUCACUUAAACCCAAUAACAUUUCGGUUAUUGCAUAUGUUUACACAUGUGAUGAUGAUGAUGCUGUACCAGUUCAAAUAUAUUGAGCAAAACGAAAAUCAGUUAUCUUACUUUACCGCUCACUACGAAAAAGAUUGCAGAUUAAUCGGAGAUAUCAUCAGUUCACCAGAUGAUUAUCCUGUCUGGUUGUACAAAAUUGUUAAUCAUAUGAUGAACGCAAAUAUACAUAUCAGUGGCAUUCUAGAUACGAACCAGAACGUUGUACAAUUUGAGAAACAUAUUGAACAGACACUAGUUUUCAAGCAUAUUCAAUCAAUUUCCAACGAAAUAAAACAAUAUAAAGUAGCAUUCAUCGACUUUGUCCGCAAAGAAAAUGCCGAGCCAAUUUUUAAUGAUUUUGUUAACGAAUUAGCCGAGAACGAAGAAAAGUAUACAUUGUUAAACUUUUUCUCUGUCACAAAAAUUAACAAUGCAACUCUUGAUGAAUUUCGUUCGACGUUUCAGUUACUACCAUACGCGCGAAAUUUAUAUCCGCUGACUGAUUAUAUUUUGCAACAUUUACCUGAAAUCGAAAAUCUAUCAUUGUUGUUUCCUCUUGUUCAGUUUUGUAAUCUGCUACUAGACAAAUUUAAUCACCGCAUAUCACGUGACGAUGCAGCAACCAACGACAUUGGUUUUUAUCUAACGAACAAUCAAGAUAAUAUAUUGUCUUUAGCAUUUGAACAGUUUCGUACUGCUUGGUAUCAAUUAACGUUGAAAGAAGUACAAUAUAAUUGUCAAUCGCGUAAACCUGACCGCGAAGGAUCCAUUGAAAGUUUUUCAAAAAACGUUAAAUUAGCUUUUUUUCUAUUAAACACAUCGAAAGAUGAUAGUAGUAUAUGUUUACUCGGCUGUUUUCAAACGUUAGCGAAACUUCAGAACGUCAUUGUCAAUUAUUUUCGACAGAUUAAUGAACCAAUGACUGAAAUAAUUGAAAAUGAGAAGAAACGUCCUACAUUGGUACAGAAAAUUAAACCAGAACAUACACUCAAUUUGAAUGUACGAGAAUUCAUCUCAAUAUUAGACCGAGAUGGCUUCAUGGUUAAUCAUGAAUAUGGUAAGUCCAAAGAGGUUCUGUACGAUUUUGACCAAAUUGAAAGUAGAUUGAGAUUUAUUAUCGGAAAAAUACGACUGAUUGAUCCAGAUAAAUUUAUUUUCUUUAAUUUAGUUCUAUGCCACAUUACAAUCGCUUAUCAAUUUGAAUUGUACAAUCAAGAUGUCUCUUUGUUCAACGAUAUACGCCGAUAUAUUAAACAACAAUCAUUAUCAAAUAACGAUAAAACAAAGUUGAGCACAUUGUUGUCAAACGCAAAAGCGGAUGAGAUUCGAAAAUAUCUGGGUUCAUUAGACUAUGUAUUUACCUAUCCGAGAAAUGCGCGAGAUAGCGAUAAUACUUGGACAAUACGAACAUUUGUCGAAAAUGUUGUGAAUAAUAAGGCGCAUCUACAUGAAUAUGUUACAAGUCAAGAACCAUUUGCCAGUAUACACCUGAAAUAUGUGAUUAGCUUGUACGAGCUUGUCGAAGAGUUAGUAUUCAACGAAGUAAUGAGCAAUUACGUUAAACAAGAAAUGACAAGUGAAGCAUGUGCUUCGGAAGAAGAGAAGUUAAGUAUAAUCGAUCAGUUUGUUCAAUCAACAUAUGCUAAUGCGACUACACCACAGGCAUUGAAAGAUUCUAGUGUGUGGAUGUCAGUACUGAAACGUAUCAUUAUUCGCGUUAUAGCAGCUAAUGUCGAUUUGAAUGUGCCCUUACAAAUUUAUCUUGAACGAACUGAUAUGUGGAGUGAAGACAGUGUGGAGACAUAUCCCGAUCGGGAUGUACUCCCAAUCGAGAUAUAUAUCCCGAUUGGGAUAUCAUUUUUUGUAGCAAAAUUUUUUUUAUAUCCCGAAUGGGAUAUAGUUUGA